UGAGCGGACGUGUUCGCUUUGCGGGAAAUUUGAAAUUAUUAAGAAUCUGAACGCAAAAAACGGCGGUUGUGUGCCGCGGACUAAAACGAGAAGCCGGCAAAUAAUAAAGUGCGUUUUUCGGGCUGGCUAAUGAUUAAGUGCGAAUUGAAUUUGAUAACAGAAACAAAUAAUUUACAUAUAUAGAGCCAGAGAUCAAAAAACGAAAUUGUUAAAACAAAAUAUUAAAUCCUAAAAAUAGUCUAACGCGAUAGCAGCAUAAACAUUAAGUUGUUCUGCUUGUUUUUUUUUUGUUUAAGUUGUUGUUUUGUCUCUUCCCUUUUUCUUGUGUUCACCGUUUUCUUUUGAACGAAGACCUCGUUUUGUCUUCUUGUUUCUUUGCCGCCCUUCGUCGUGUGUGGUUCCUGUUCUUUCCACCUCCUUUUUAACCAACCAGCGGCAAUUAUGUGCUCUUAAAUAAAAACAACAACAAAAAAGAAGAAGCUGCAUCUGCUGUGCAAUUAAGAGGCAACAAUACAUGCAUAUAUGUUGUCUUGUAUAUAUGCAUAAAUUAUUAUAAUCUUAUAAACAAAAAUAAACUACAAUUUGUGGCUGUGUUUGCCGGCAAAUAAAGUGGUGGCGGCAAGAACCUGUAGGAGGAGGAGCGGGAGCAGGACAUCAAAGGUCAUUGGCGUUGAAACUAAGGUCAUCUAUUAGGUCUUAUGUUGCAAGUGACAAAAUACAAUCAAGUAUCCAGGUGCUGGUGCUGCUGCGCCUCGCGUUCUUUUAAUUCUACCUCUCCGUUCUAACGGUAAAUUAUUGCCCAUUGCGUGCGUGUCGGUGUGUCUAUGUGUGUGUGUUAUAUUGUGUUUUUUUCUUAUUUCGUAUUUUGCCGUUAAAGUGCGCAGCAGCUGAAAACCAAUCCCAAAUGCCGCAACAAAAACAACAACAGCAGAAACAACAAAUACAACAACAAUUACUUAUAACCAACGCAUUACAUUGAAGCAUUUAAAAGGACCGCCUAAAUGAACAAUGCUGCCAGUUGCCGACCUGAGAGGAACAACAAUGCGAAGGAGCAGCGGCGUGUAGAGGAUUGGCCGCUUAAAAAUGAAACGUUAUAAAUUUUUACGAGUGUACAUCGUUACGCACUGGCAUUGAAUUUUUACGAGUGUAUAUAAUACCAUACGCUUCGGAAAAGAAAGGCAGUUUAAAACAAUAAAGAGAAAAAUACAAAACAAACUGAAAAAAAGGAAAAGACAGUAGAGAGAGAGAGAGAAAAGACAGAGCUUAAACACCGACGACGACUAGAGGAAAUUGCAAAGGGUGGAGGAGCACACUAGUAGCAGCUUGGGCAAACGUUCUAAACACGUGACGCUACCCCCAUUCCGUUUCUUGGUAAUCGACGCCAUUUUGUAACGGUAAUUGGCCUUGCACACGUGAACAAGUGAAUAAGAGUGGGCACGCCCCUACAUCGUCCCCCCCCCGCACAGCCUGAAAGUUAACCAAUCAUAACGAUGGCCGUUAGCAACAUUGUCUGUGAAUGGCUUCGUGCCUUGGGCUUGGCACAAUAUGCCGAAAGUUUUCUUGACAAUGGCUAUGAUGAUUUGGAGAUAUGCAAACAGGUCGGUGAUCCUGAUCUGGAUGCCAUUGGUGUGGAGAAUCCUGCCCAUCGACAUAAGCUCUUGAAAAGCAUACGUUCGCUAAGAGAGAAGGGUGCUGCCUCUGUAUACUUUAUGUUAAACGAUCCAAACUCAUUGUCCGGGAGCAUGGAAAUACUUUGUGAAACGCCGCCCAGCAAUGAGCUGGAGUUAGUGCUGCGCGAACAGCUGGAGACGGAUGGAGUGCGAUUGACAGCGCAUCCAUAUUCAACACCGGAUGGACAACGCGGUCAUUUAGAGGGUCUUGCAUCCGUCUAUUGUGAAUUGUUAAUGGCUCCCUUUGGAGAUAUUUUAAGUGCUUUAGAGAAUGCUAGACAAGCAGCUUGGGCGGAGCGGAGUCCGCUACAUCCAGCUGGCGGUAGCAGCGGCGGCGCCAGUGGAAGCGGGGGCAGUGGUCGCAGCGGUAUUCAACUCCGUCAGCAACAUGGCCAUCGUGGCCAUUCAAUGCACGGCGCCGGCCUGCCCAAUAGUCAUAGUCAGCCAAUUUAUGUGCCAGGAAAAUAUUCGCCCUCGAGUUGUUUGUCCGACAAGGAAGAAGAUGAGAUCUAUGGUUUCGGUUAUGGUGUGUUUGCGCCACGUGUUGCACGCGGCGGAUUGACGCAACAGCAGCAUUUGUUGCAACAGCAAACGUUACAAACGCAACAGAGCAUUCAUCAGCAACAGCAACAACUGCAGCAACAGCAGUUGCAACAGCAACAGCAGCAGCAGCAACAACAACAAUUACCAAUUGUGCCAGGCCAACAGGCGGCAGGACAGCCCGGAGUUGGACCACAGCAACAUCAGACCCUCCCGCCAAAUGUAGCCCACUUGAAUUUUGUGCAACAAAAUUGCCUGAGUCCACGUUCCGCGUAUUUUUAUGAAUUUCCACCGACAGCAGAGGGACGCGAAACUAAGAAACGUACAACAUUGGCCCGACUGCUGAAGGGCUUAAAAACUGUCAAUCGACGGGAUCGCAACAAUCAACAAAAUGGCGCUCAGGCUAGAGCGGCCAACGAUCGUCUGAGGCAUUUCCAAAUGAUAAACGGCGGAGCUGGAGGACAACAGCACAGUUUCGAAGAGACAAUCCAUAGGUUAAAAGUUCAAGAAGCAAUGCGAAAAAAGGAGAAAUUUCAACGUGAGCAUGAAGAGAUCUUGCGUGACAUACGCCAAGGGCUGCUGCAAAUGAGUCGAGGCGAGGGACGCAUGGUCUAUCCCUUUGCAGACGAUACAUACAUGUACGAUGAGGCUCUGAGAACCGGAGUUGGAGGUGGAGGAGGCGUAGGAGUAGGAGUUGGCGGUGGUGGUGCACACUAUGCGGUCAGUGCACUGCAUCAUCAAGGCCAUUGGUACGAUGAGCCUCCCUAUGAAAGCGAUCCAGAUGAUUUUCUUAUGGCCGGCUUGAAUUGUGGACCAGCUGCUACCAUACAGGGUGGCCGAGUUCGUUUCUCGAAUAACCGCGAGAGUACGGGCGUAAUUUCAUUAAGAUCCGCCGGAGAUAUUUCAUUGCCCCAACGUGGACCGCCGCGACGAGGUCUUAUCGUUCCACAGCAGCCACCAAAUCCACCGACAAUAAUACCUUUAACGCAUGCCAGAUCCCAUGAUCGUGAAAGUGGAGACUAUGCGGGUUCAAUAUCGGAUUUACAAAGUGUUACCUCCAGACUCAGUGCUGUUUCGAUUGGCACCAACAAUUGCACGGCCCGAUAUCGGACGCUAAGCGGCGGAAUUGGUGAAUCGCCAUCACUGUCGCCCAGCCCCUCAUCCGAUUACGAGGAUAUUGGAGCCAUGGCCCGGCAUGGAUUGGCGCCGAGUCUCCUCGCGGCGAAGGCCAAAAAGAAUGGUUUACCCCACAAGGCGAAUACAAUCUGCCAGAAGGCCACGGUGCAUCAUUCUAGCGAAAUGCGUAGCUCACCGAAGGAAAUUGGCGCAUUUAAUGAGAAUGGACGAAACUUUGUUGCCACAAAGGAUACAUCAAGGGAUUUUAGCAAUUCCCAAGAUAAUACCGACCGUGGCAGCAUGAGUGAUCAGGCGUUUGCAUGUUCCGCCAGCUCAGUUGAAAGUUUGCCCAGCGCUUCCGGUUCGAGCACACAGGCACUGGUUCGUCCUGGCAGUCCACAUAGUUCGAUUUCGGCCGAGGAUCGCACAUCGGUGGCCAGCAUUUGCAAGGCUAAAGCACUUGUCGACAGUUUGCCUAAUCCCUACGAUAAGGAUGCUCUCAAAUUUAAGAAGGGCGAACUCAUCGAUGUGUUGUCGAUGAAUGCUUCUGGGAUUUGGAAGGGUCGUUGCCACGGACGUGUGGGUCACUUCAAGUUCAUCAAUGUGGAAGUUCUGCCAGAGCAGCGUAUGAAAAACUCGAGUAGCAAAACUUUGGCCAUGCCCAACUCAUCUUCAAGGCUUGGCAAUGCCAGUGGCAACAAUUGCAGUGGCAAUAGUGGACCCAGCUCUGUGGAGGAUCUGCUGAUACGCAUCGGUCUCAAGGAAUACACAUCCGUAUUCGUGCUCAACGGAUACGAGGAUCUCGAGCUGUUCAAAGAACUGGAACCCGCUGACCUCGACUAUUUGGGUAUACUGAAUCAGGAGCAUCGUGCCAAGUUGUUAACGGCUGUGCAGCUGCUGCAUGACAUUGAAAGCUCCGACGUGGAUAUCGCCGGCUCCAGCUCCGAGAACGAUGAGGCACGCUUGAAUAAUAUCAACAAGAAGCACGGCGCCUCACCAUUUGGACGAAGGCAUUUCCCACGCGAUUCUGGCUGUUAUGAGGGCUCACCAUUACCCAGCUCCCAGACGCCCACUCAGGCGGUAAACUCUACGGAUGAGUCCAACAGUCUGGAUGAUGUGGUCUCUAAAUGCUCCAGCGAGAUUAUGAAACGUGUGGAGAGCGCACGUCGCUGCAAGGACAAUCCAUUCAAGGCCACAUUGCCGGCGCGAGUGGGCAAGAAGUCCUUUCUUGGCGGCGGCGGACUUAUGGGCGACGAUACGCUCACACGUGGCGGACUCAGUGAGAAGUCAAGCGAUUCGGGCGUCAGUAGCAGUUCGCUAUCGUCGGGUCCGUUGAAGAGCAGCACUUAACAUUUGCCAACCAUACUCGCCCACGAGCUGCUCCUUGGCGUGGGCGUGGGCAUGGGCGUUGGCCUUACCCCGGGGGGUGCCACAUCGCCAACCACCUCAGUGGCCUCGGCCAGCCUGGUUGGCGGCAGCAGCGGGAGUGGUGGUGGCAUGAGCAGCAUUAAUGUCACUGCCCCGUUGGGUAAUGUGUGCAACACCUUGCCUCAUGCCCCAUGCUCGACGGCCAGCAACACCGGCGGCUCUUCGUUGGGGCUGUGCAACAAUUUGCCCCUUAAUCGAAAUCUGGUCAUGCUGCGAAAUCAUUUGCGCAAGAAUACAAGCAACAACAAUGCUGGACAAGGACAUACAGCGCAAUUGUUGCCAGAUCAUGAGCAGGAUCAUGACAAUGAUCAAUAACAACCCAUUUACUAUAUAAAGUUUUUAGUUUAAUUUAGAUUUACCUUGCCCCGCCCCCGCCCCCCAACAAAUAAAACUGUAUUUGAUUUAAGUAUAUAUUUCAAUUGCUGUGAUUCGAUAGUGAAAAAAGGCCAAGAUGCGUCUAUCAGUUCAAAUGUAUAGUGUAUAGACAGAGACAGAGAGAGAAAGAGAGAGGGAAAGAGAUAGAUAUAUGUAGAGCAAGAGAAGGCAAAUGAGUGAGAGUUAAGAGGAUAAUGAAGAGAAAUGAAAACGAAAUGAAUAGAGAGCACACAAAGCAGUCAGUUUAGUCAGUCAAUCAAUCCUUCCUCCGAUAAUGUUGGCAUUUACAAAAAAAAAGAAGCAUUUUAGUAUAUUUAUAUUGAAUAUAUAUAUAUAUAUACUUGUAAAGAGAAAUAUCUAUAUAUAUACAUACCUAAUUAGUAAUAUAAAUAAAAAUCUUUUAACUAAUUUUAGUUAGCCUGAUAUACACACAUACAUUUGUAGGUAUGUACGAAUGAGACUUUAAUUAUUUGCCAUUCGUUUCUAUUGUUCAUCCAUUGCUUUGUGUAUUUCUCAACGUGAUACUGUAAAACGUCCAACUUGAAUUGCAUUUCAAAUUCAUUUUCCAAACAUGAUGAAAUUGAUUCCUAUUUUAAAACAUAAAUACACCCACAAGCAAUAGACCAAUUACGUAAAACAAAAGCAACGAAACACAUACAAACACACACACACACACUGACACUCAAUAACAUACACAUCGAACUGCCAUUUGUAACUAAUUUUAAUUAUGUUAAUAAUAUAUUAUUAUUAUUAUUAUUAUUAUUGUAUAUCAAUGAAAUAGACUUUUAACACACAAAACAAACACACAUCAUGGAAAUCCGUCAAAAUUCUAUUGUAAAAUAAAAGAAAAAGAUACAAAACAAAAAAAAAAGAGACAAAAGCUAAAAUCAAGCAAAUUAUGUAUGCUAAGCAAUAUUCUGUAGAACGUCGGCGAAUCGUGUAAAAAAAAAGCUUUGCUAUAUGCAAAUCAACUGUAUAUAUAAAACUGCGAUAACGAAAUGUCUAUGUUAAAUGCCAUUUAUUAAGUUAGUAUGUAUAUGUAUAAUAUAAUAACUAUUAGCUACUUGCAAGCUAUUUAUUAGCGAUAAUCAAAAGAGAAAACAAAAAAAAGAACAAAUUGGAAAAAAAACGGGCAGUUAAUGAAGUUAGUCAGUUUUUCCAUACUCCUCCUCCUCCCACAUCCCCAAUCCCACCCCCAAAAAAAAACAAAAUAUGCAAAUUAGUUAAAUGAAUAUCUACAAAAAAGAAUAUUGUAUUUAACACUAAUCAAAGGCAAGAAAAAUGCACAAGAUGAAUAUACAAAUAUAAUAAAAUUAAACGCA